GAGAUAUAACAAAAGAUAUUUUGUUGCCGUCUCUUGGCUCAAGUGCAUACAUAAUUGGUGUGGACAUUUCGGAGCACAUGGUCAAAUAUGCGAAUGAAAAGUAUAAUGAUGAAAAACGGCUUCAAUUCGAGAUACUGAAUGUUGAAAUGAAAAGUUUACCUAAAAAAUAUAUUUCUGAAUUUGAUCAUAUAUUUUCGUUUCACACCUUGCAUUGGUGCAGUGACAUUCGUGCUGAAGUUGAGAAAGCCAUGGAAAGUCCAAAAAUAUACAACGAAGGCAACAAAAUACAAAAGCGUAUAAUAUCAUCUGUGAUUGAAGAGUAUACCGAAAAUUUAAUGAAUGUACGUGGAAAGUGUAUGGACAUUGGUUGCGGUCCUGGAGAUAUAACAAAAGAUAUUUUGUUGCCGUCUCUUGGGUCAAGUGCACAAAUAAUUGGCGUGGAUAUUUCGGAGCACAUGGUUAAAUAUGCGAAUGAAAAGUAUAAUGAUGAAAAACGGCUCCAAUUCGAGGUACUGAAUGCUGAAACGAAAAGUUUACCUAAAAAAUAUAUUUCUGAAUUUGAUCAUAUAUUUUCGUUUCACACCUUCCAAUGGUGCAGUGACAUUCGACAAGUUCUUAAAAACAUUUAUCAAAUGCUACAACCCAAUGGAUUCACACUUUUGUAUAUAAUAGCAGCUGCGAAUUAUUUUGAAAUUAUUCAGAGAUUGGUACGAGACAUCCGGUUUGCACAAUAUGUACCGGAGGAGAUAAAACACAUUUUACCGUAUCAAGAAUUUAAUUGUACCCGUAAAGGAUUCAAAGAAUUACUUCAAAGUGAAGGAUUUUCUGUUCACCAUUGCAGUCUUCGGGAUAAAAUAUAUUUCGAAGAAAUAUCGGGACCGUUCCUAGGCACGCUGUUAUCCAUCACGCACUUUCUCCAAAAUAUGCCACAAGAUCUGGCGGAACAAUUCAAGCAUGCACUUAAAGAUGAAUAUAUGAAAGAAAAUAAAACAGUAUAUCAUAAUGAGGAACUUAUAGCACAUGCACAUAAAGGGUUACUGAUUUAUGCACAAAAGAUAUAGUAUAUAAUUAAUAUGAAAUUGCUUAAACAUGUAUGCAAUCGUAGAUUGAGAAAUUUAGAAAAUAAUAGAAUUCUUGUAACACCGUAUUAACACUUAUAAUUAAUAAAUACUUAUUAAUUAGUUGUAUGUA